UACCACGGUCGAAAAGCAACGCCGGCAGCGCGUUCACGCGGGCGCGCAACACUCGCACACACACACGUACACACGACACACGCGUGCCGCGUCAGCCUUCUCGCAUCAACUCGAAGCCAGACGACAUUGGGGCCAAGACGGCAGUCGCGAGUCUCGCGCAGCGUGCAGUCAGUUUGCAGACUGACACCGGACCGAGUGGACGUGUGCGUUUCUCUUCGCGAAACAACUCGUUCUAUCCGAUUGUACGAUCGGACGACGAUCAUACAGACUGACACAAAUCGUAUACGCAGCUCCCUGUCACCUGCUCGCCGUCAGAGUUCAAGUUCAACGGUCUCCGGAAGGAGGACCCUGUCCGGUGGAUUCGCGUCUUUUACUCUUGAUACGUACACAGUGCUUCGUUUGUUUUUUUCGUGUGACUUUAUAUUUUUUUUUCACGGAAAUAUCCAACUCGGAGAACGGAUACGCAUUCUUCCGAUCGUUACUUUGGCAGUUGUACUCUGUAUUUUCUGCUGCCUACUUUGGUGCGACACAUACCCCUCUGUUCGUGGAAUCUCACUGGAUUUACCCAUAGAAGAGAGGGAACGAUUACGAUCGCGACACGCGAUAAUACGAGCGUUAUUAUGACGGUCACUCUCGUUACGUUGGUUCGACGAACGGGAUACAUUGCGUUCAGCCAGUGAACUACUUGCGUGUCUCGCGGAAAACUGUAUAUUCGACCGUCUGCCUCUGAGCAGUCCUCGACGAAGGCAAAGUGGAUCGCUGUUCCGUCGUUCGACAGUGCUCGAGAGAAUCUUUCAAAAUUGAUGUACUAAGAAGACAAAUUAUGGUGGCAGAAUUUGUCGCCCGUCAGAGUGGAUCGCCCAUUAAUGGUGAGACCGCGUGUCUGAACAGCAACAUGCCGGCCACCCACACUAUGGCGCACACCGGCCACGGUGGUCACGGCGCUCACGAUGCCCAUGGUCCGUUGCCUCCGUUGACGCAUCCGGCCCACCAUGCUGGUCCGCCGUCCAUGCAACAACAGCAACACCAGCAUCAGCCUCAGCAACCGCCGCCGCAGCAGCAACCGCCGCAACACCACCACCACCAUCACCAACAACAGCAACAGCAGGCACAGCAGCAGCAACAGCAGCAGCAGCAGCAGCAGCAGCAGCAACAACAGCAGCAGCAGCAGCAGCAUCACCUUCACGAUGCCCAACAGGUGAUACAUCCUGAAAAUUUCCCCCCGAACUUCGACAUCAGAAAAGAGCUAUUUUCUCAGCGCAAGCAACGAGAGUUCAUCCCGGACAACAAGAAGGACGACAGCUACUGGGACCGUAGGAGGCGCAACAACGAGGCUGCCAAGCGGUCUCGCGAGAAGAGGCGUUUCAAUGACAUGGUGCUCGAGCAGCGAGUGAUGGAGCUCAGCAAAGAGAACCAUAUCUUGAAGGCGCAACUCGAGGCGAUACGGGACAAAUUCGGUAUAUGCGGCGAGUCCGUGAUCAGCACGGAACACGUCCUCGCGGCCUUACCCACCGAACCUCCCAUUAGCGUCAAGAGAGCAAAACUCCCAGCCUCGACGGCCCUCCUCUAUGCCAGGACACCCAGUCCAGUGCAUACGUCCGUAAUUCAUCAGCCUGUCAGCGGGGCUCGGUCACCCAGGUCACCCGCUCAGCUCUACGUGCCCGAGACGACCGCCUAUCCCGAGACGGAGAGUUUCCAAUAUCCCUAUCCUCAUCCAGCGAUGCAUCUAGACACGACGAGCGCGUUGAACCUGUCCCGCGGACGACGCGCUCAGUCGCCGUUCGAACUGUCGUCCGGGAGCGGCGACGAGGGUCCCCAGUUGGUGGUCAGUUCCCAGAAUCCAGCAGCUAACAACAGUUUGCCCCACAAGUUGAGGCACAAGUCGCGCAUCGGCGACAAGGAUGCAGCCAGCGCGCUGCUGGCCCUCCAAGGUAUAAAACAGGAACCCGGGCCAAGAGCGUCGCCGCCAUGGGACAACGAGGGCUCCAGCGACGAACGUGAUUCCGGCAUUUCCUUGGGCGCCGAAUGGACGGGCCCCACCGUGUCCGCUGUUCCUGAAAGCGAGAGGGAGGUCAAGUCGAGACUGGACCGCCUUGCCUCCGAAGUAGCUUCCCUUCAGUCGAUAUUCCGCCUUGGGAAACCGGCCGACAGUUUGGUCACGGGACAUCCGCUCCCCGCGAACGCAACCGUCAGUGGCCCGUGAGAGGAAACCGUAUGGUCGUUUCUUCGUGGUUUUCGAGUGGACGAACCAAGAACUGUUUUCCUCUUUCUACCGUGCACGGCCGUCUUUGCGAUCCUCGAACUGAUCCAAAGAACCUUCGGUCGCGUUAAACGCAACGGUGACGCAUCGAAAGCGAGGAGACCAGGAAGACUUUCGACGACAAUGAUCGCGCGAACGUUCCAAGUGUGGUGGUAGUUGGUAGUAGGAAGCGUGUUGCUGGUAAUUGUUGCGCGAUUCGUCACGCGAUUUUGUCUUUCACAUAGAUCUUCGCAACGGGAGAACACCGUAUAUAGAUUAUGCACAUUUUCUAAACCGACUACUACCGACGUUGCAGUAUUGGAUCCGCGUGCAUUUUGGUAUCGGCCAAUGUCGCGCAUAACGAAUAUGCGAUUUCUUAUCGUUCGAAUAAGUUAGAUCAGUCAGAUAAGUUAGAUAGGUAUUAGAUACCUAGUAAGAUGUCUACUGGACUUACGUUCGAUCAGGUGGCUCGAAUCCACGAUGACCAUGCCCAAAAAGAGUCUUGGUUAUCGUGUUACGGUGAAUCGUCGUCGUCGUCGUCCGCGUGAUUACGGUUGUCCGUUCCAAAUAUCCUUUUCAGAGUCGACGCUCAUAGGGCAAUUCCGAGAGAGAUGCUUACAAUUUUUUUAAAUUACUGCAGAUUUCUUGACCUGUUAUACCAAAGGAAAGCAAAUAAAAAACCAUGUAAGAUAAAGUAUUAACAAUUUAAUAAAGAAAUAAUUCUAAAUAUAAAGAAAUAUUAAAUUCUAAAUUAAUUUAAAAAAAAAGAAAAGUGAAUCGAGAUACUUUAAACACAGUCGUUAUCGAUAUUUGUAUAAUUACUAUUAGGUGUACCUAAGCUGAUACAAGAGAUUCCUUAGUAAAAAAUUGUUGCUUUGAUCUCUCUUAAUUUAAAAUUUUUUUCUUGCUUGAUUGCAAUUUAGACGGUUACAAAUCGUAUGAGAGAGAUGCCUAAUUCAAUUUAUCUGUGACGAAAUAAAAAAUUAACUCUCAUUAGUAUAAAUAUAUAGUUAAGGUUAUAUUAUAGAUAUUUCACUAAAAUACUUGAAAAUCUUAGUUAUUGAAAUUUCUCUGAGAACUAUAUGGAAAUAUUUAUCUCAUUCAUACAAUCGCACUUACUUUUGAUAAAAAAUACCGAUAAUGAACACGUUAAAUAUAAAAGAAACUUUUAAUUAUUUUAAUGAAUGCACAAAAGUGACAAUAAAGUACUCUGUCAAAUAUUUUCAGAACUAGAAAACAAUAAACAUCUCUACAGGAAUUACCCUAUAAAGAUAGAAAGGAAUAAAUUUUUACACAGUUACCAAACUGUGACUACGACACCAGCGUCACCAGCGUCUCCUGAUUAACCCACUUUCAGGUUUGGAACAAACCCUAGGGUACCAAUCAAAUCGUUCUCGUCCGCUAAAUUUUGUAAUGUACAAACCGUGCAGUAAUUCAUCGAAGAGAUUUUAUACAUUACUAUCGGGUAAAACAAGUCGACGUUCGGUGUGAUAGUCUUUGUUAGUGCUAUUCAAGAAAAAAUUAUUGACGGGGCGCGUGGAACGGUCGAAGAUAAUUCAUCGAAUGGAAGAGCUACUUGAUUCGCUUGGUUAAACGCGAGGAUCGGUCGAGUCGACUGUUGGGUGCGUAUUUGGAUGCCUUACGUCAAAAUAUGGGUCUCCCUACACUGUCCAAGCUAUCGUAACAAUGAUUUAGAUGAUAAGAUGCGAUACCUAGGAUAUAACUAACUUAACACUAUAAGACUUUCUUAGGUUAUUUCGUUGAUACUAUCACCAUUAUCGUCACUAGCGGGUUCGUUUGUUAAUUCGGGCAGUCGUGUAGCAGCGGCUAGUCGAAAAUCGAGCUUUAUCUGGUUUAAUCGUACACUGGAACCGUGCAACGAUUCGAAUAAUUUCGGGACUCGAUACGUUCGAUUCUAAUUAUGAAAAUAGAGAAAACUUGGAAGAUCUUCAGGUUCGCGAGUCUCGAAAUUUUCCCGGUACACGAACUUACUUCCCGGUUGACAAUUCGUCGCGCAACCGGCUAAUUUCACUACCGCCAGUUUAUCCGUAACAAUUUAAUCUCCACACCACGCGCGCGUCGUUAUCGAGCAAUGCAAUAAUUUUUUUUCUAUCGUUCCGGUUCUUUCCCCUUUGGUGGCUACGAUCAGAUUUACUUACCUGUUCGAUUCCUCGUUUCUCUCGAUACCGAGUCCGCGCAUCGAUCUGUAAAUAACGUACCUUCGAAUCAAACCUUUGUCGCUCCCAGACUUCUAUCUCAUUUCGUUCUUUGUUUCGUUUCUUUUUUUUAUACUUUUACUAUUAACGAUCAAUGCGAACGCGUGUGUGUACAUAUACAUAUAUGUAUAAACGGAUGGAUCCGUGUACAUUUUGUGUUUAUGCUUACCGGUGCUUGGUGAUAUUUAGCACCUAGAGCCGAGACGGGACACCCACGCGCGUCAACGGCCGUUUUUCUCUUUAUCGAGAUGGCAACAGUGUGGGACCGUGAAAUUUGUCAGACGCUAGAUCUACGUGCGGUAUCCAAAUAUUGGACGAGCCUAUAAAUGUAUGUAAUUAUAUACAUAGUGCACAUAUACAAGAAUUAUACAUACAUAUAUAUAUACGUAUACACAGAUGCAUAUAUAUAUGCGUGUGUUUUCAAACGAAUGUAUUUUUCGAUAUUGUGUGAGAGAAUAAGACGAGGACGGUCUCUGUAUGGUGUAACGCUUUUGUGUCAUACACAAGGAGGACAUGCAUACAACGUUUCCGUCGAUUGUCGCGGGAAAGAGCGAAUUCUUUUAGAACGGUAAAAACAAAGUGAUCAUCUCGCUAAUCGAAGGGACUUGUUUUCGAAAUUCUUCGACGAACGCAAUCGAUCGAACGGUCGCGACCAUGUUCAAAGAGAACGGCAGAACCAAAGCGACAAAUCGGAUCGUUCGGUAGCGAGCGAUUUGUUGUAAUAAACGUGUUGUUACGUAUUUAUAAAUAAGAGGAGAGGAGAAACCAUAUAGGAUCGUUCGAUCGAUGCAUUCGUCAACACCCCCUGUGCGUCGCGUUGGUACGAUAUAACCUACAAACGUUAACAUCCUGAACAUAUUCAAAUGACCCACUAAACGUGCUUGUAAUUCGGAAACAAAACUUUAUCUUUGACAAUAUUCAAAACAGUCAACUGAAAUUUGAUUAAUAAUAAUAAUAAUUCUUUAUUUACGCCUUCGCUGUGCUCAAAGUGUUAACGUUAAUUCACUGUACUUGUAAAACAUACCUUUAUUUAUUACCGUUAAUCGCGUACAUGGGGUUUUCUAAAAUGUUGCAUUUCGAAUAGAAAGUAACUCGAAGAGAUUUCCAAGAUUUAACUUUUGAUUGAAAAUAUUACUCUCGUCCCUGGCCCUACCAACGUCACGGGAAAUAACUGCGCCAACGAUGAAUAAUCAAGGCUACGAUAAAAUGUUAUCCAGCGUUCAUUGUACCAGCACCGAUACACCACGCUCGCUACCUUUUGUGUCGUUUAUAAUGAGGAGGUACAAGAACGAGGCUUCAAUAUCGUUUGAACAUUUCUGAGUAGAUCCGACCAAUAGAUGAUCUGCGGCUUGAUGAAAGAACUGUGUUUGUUAAGAUUUUUGGAAGACACAUCACAAGACUGUUUUAUCGUAAUCGGCGUUCUUCGCGGAAGGAUCUCGUCCGUGUUUAUCCUCUCCUCUACUCAUUCAUAUUUUUUACUUUAUUUUCCUUGCGUGAAUUUUCUAUAUUUUAUACGACAUGUUUAUAUUAUUAAUAAAACGCGUAAACAAUGUUCUGCGAACGACAGUCGACGGCAACGCAGUCGAUGAACAUUUUUACUGUCGCCGCUCAAACGUUUCACACAUCUAGCUCAGAGUGAACGGAAGCCAUUAUAAAAAGUCACGCAACGUGUAGCGACGACGAAUAUGCGUACGAUUAAAUUCUACUUCAUUGUUUUUAUCGAUAAGCAUCGACCGUCGAACAAAUGUGCCCGUAAAGUAAUACUUGGAUUCUGACCUAUUCUACUUUCUCUUGUACGCUUGUAUCGUGCGGCGAUAAAACUUGAUGAAAAAUGGAACGUUCGAUCGUUACGAUUUAUUUUGUUCAGCAGUUGAUUUACCGUAACAUACCACGAGUGCCUAUAAUAACGAACGUGUGCCCAGCUGCGAAGGCUACAGUUUCUCAGUAACCCGAAAUUGAAAAGCACUUUUUUAUCGCUAACCAAGACGGUUUCGAAGGAACGGGACUAUGUUAUUUGUAAAUACGAAUGUUAUAAACUCGCUCGUGAUCGGAGUACGUGAUGCGAACCGUGUGCGUAUAUGGCGAUGAUCGUCGCAGGUUCCACUCGCAAAAGAUUCCAAAUAAUCUCCAUUUCUCCCUCGAAUCAGCUUGCCCACGAGGAACCGUUUGCCUCGACCACGGCGACCAUGAAUUUGUACAUAAACUACUGCACUUUUGCCAAAAAGCACGCUAUUCGUGCCGAUGAACGUGGCGCAGAAUGUCGAAGGCGUGUGUGAGCAUCGGCCGGAGAAGGAACUUUUUAAUUUUUCUUCGUUAAACUAUCCUCGUGUCUCUUCUCUACCCGUACCCUGAAAUAGCUUCUUUGAGGACAUUUCACAUACAGUUCCUAAUACAGUUAUAAUGGUACAGCGACUUACUUAGACAGUCGGCCGUUGUCCACGAUAAACAUGAUUCCAAUACGAGUUUUUGAUCCUCCUCUCUCCGGCUGUACGGAGAUAUAAGUAUUUAAAUCUAAGGGACAUAUCCACAGCGUGUAGUGUACUUGUAUAUGAAUACCGAAAUAAAUAUUUUCAAUGUUUUUGACAAUACUUG